AUGCAGUGCCGCCGAGCUUGGACGCUUUUUCCAGCUGACAUUGAGCUNGCCUGGCAGCAGGGCUUUGCCUCGCUCCACACCUCUGUGCUGAAAAGCGAUGCUGAGAUGAAACCCUGUGGCUCCUUCCCCCUUCUCCAAGGCAAACACAGACAGUUCUAUUCCCACUCCCAGAAAAAUCCAUCUCCCAGCACUUCCCUGGCUUUGUGUGUGCUUUGUUCCAUGCAGUGCCGCCGAGCUUGGACGCUUUUUCCAGCUGACAUUGAGCUCUGGAUGCUGCCUCUUUUCCUCUCCUGCCUCCAUAAAGAAGAACAGCAGCCCUUGCUGUGUUUUCCCUGGAUCACGGGCUGCUGGGAGCCAAAGGGAAGCUUUGGAGGAGGAGGAGGAGGGCAGGAGGAUCCUUUUCCCCAGCAGAGCUGCAGGCCAGGCUCUUUGGCCUCCUCAAGCCUUCAUGGCUACCAACGGCCCAAGAAGGAGAGGGAGAAAUAUCCGACAUUUCCUGACACCGGCUGCCCUCGGGAGUUCCUCAGGAAGGUUUUUAAAGGAAUAUUUAUGGAUGAUCCUGGUGAAUCGGGCCCUAAAAGAGCUGAGAGCCUGGGCUGGGUUUGCUCCUGCUCGGCACCAGCAGGAACAUCCCAGCUCCAGGGCUGGAGGAUGGGCGAGGAAAGGGUCAGGACACAUCCCCCAACUGCUGAAGAAAAAUGUUGGCAGAGCAAAUCUUGCCACAGGAAGAAAAGGUUGUCCUGGCUGUUCAUAUUCCUCCACAUGGGGGUUCUCUGA